UUGAUUGAGAAAAAAUAACGAUUCGGCGCUGUUUGUUUCACGUUAUACACACACACACACACAAACACGAUUUGCCACAUCACAUUCAUUUCAAAAAACAAAUCAUUCCAAAUUAUCAUCAUUAAAAUGACCACGAUUGAAAAACUUCAAGAACAGAUACAAAAAUUGGAACAACAAUUGGAAUUGUUAAAAUGUUCCAAACAAAAUGUUGGCAGUGGCCGUGAAAAAAUCGAACAGAUGAGCGAUGUUGUUAAUGAUUCGAAUCCAUAUAGCCGUUUAAUGGCAUUAAAACGAAUGGGAAUUGUUCAAAAUUAUGAGGAAAUUCGUAAUUUUACCAUUGCAAUUGUAGGUAUUGGUGGUGUCGGUAGUGUAACAGCCGAAAUGCUUACACGUUGUGGUAUUGGUAAAUUAAUAUUAUUCGAUUAUGAUAAAGUUGAAUUAGCAAAUAUGAAUCGAUUAUUUUUUCAACCAAAUCAAUCUGGCCAAAGUAAAGUUCAUGCAGCACGUGAAACAUUACAAUUUAUUAAUCCAGAUGUUAAAAUUGAUAUUUAUAAUUAUAAUAUAACAACUGUUGAUAAUUUUGAUCAUUUUAUGCAAACAUUAUUGACCGGUAAUCUUAAAAAUGGUCCUGUAGAUUUAGUAUUAAGUUGUGUUGAUAAUUUUGAAGCAAGAAUGGCAAUCAAUCAAGCUUGUAAUGAAUUAAAACAAACAUGGUUUGAAUCUGGUGUUUCGGAAAAUGCUGUUUCCGGUCAUAUACAAUUCAUCCAACCGGGUGUUACGGCUUGUUUUGCUUGUGCACCACCAUUGAUUGUUGCAUCGAAAAUCGAUGAAAGAACAUUGAAAAAAGAAGGUGUUUGUGCUGCAAGUUUACCAACAACAAUGGGUAUUAUUGCCGGAUUUCUUGUACAAAAUUCAUUAAAAUUUUUACUAAAAUUUGGUGAUGUUACACAUUAUCUUGGCUAUAAUGCAUUAAAUGAUUUUUUUCCACAAAUGUCAAUGAAACCAAAUCCAAAUUGUGAUGAUUCGAAUUGUUGUCGUCGACAAAAAGAAUAUAUUCAACAACAACUUAAUCAACCAUCAUCAGAACAAUCAAAAAUCCAUGAUAACAAAGAAGAUGUUAUCGAACAUGAUGAUAAUGAAUGGAAUAUUUCGGUAAUUGAUGAAUCAAAUAUUGAAUCGAUUGAUCAAACAAAUGUUGCUGAAGGUAUUCGUUAUGCAUAUGAAACACGACAAACAUCUAACAAUGAAAAUGAAUUAUCGACAACAACAAAUCAAACAUCGAAUAAUGAUGUUUCAUUGGAAGAAUUAAUGAAACAGAUGAAAAACCUUUGAAAAAAAUUGCCAAAAAAGAUUUAUUUUUGAUAUUGAAAUUUUGUUUCCUUUGUUUCAAAUAUUUAAAUCAAAUCCAAUCGAAUCAAUUGAACAAAUGGAUCGAGCUCACUCUGACGACCAUAAGGAUAAAUAUUUUCUUUCUUUUUUUUCUGUAUUCAAAUAAUAAAAAAAGUGCAAAGAGCAACAACAUUGGAUAUGAACCUAAA